AUGCCAACUGCAAUUCGUCCGAAGCCCAAAAGAAAUUGUCUACACCGAGGAACAAACUAUGUCUUCCCAAAACGUUCUCAGGAUGUCGAGGACCAAACGGACGAUCAGCAAUCGGAAGAACUCAGUGAGCCAAUUAGCUCAAAACGACAACUGAAAAGAAAGAGCACAUAUAAAAAGAGGACAAGUCGGGUGACUUUUACUGAUGAACAAAACCAAUUGCUCUUGGCGGUGUUCAAUGAGAACCCCUAUCCAUCAAUAGAUCAGCGGAACAAGUUGGCUGAUGAGAACAAUCUAACCGAAAGCCAGAUUGUCUACACCGAGGAACAAACUAUGUCUUCCCAAAACGUUUUUUCUACAUCGAUUGCCAGAAGAACUCGCAAGGCUCCUGCUCCUGAUGCAUCAAAAGGACCCAAUUCAAAAAGAAGAGCACUUGCUGAUUCUUCACAAUCGGAGCCGGAAGUGGAUCUUCGUGAGUCAAGACACAAAAGAGGAUCCGUGAGAUGUGUUACUUAUAAUGAUAGUGACUCUGAUUUUGAUGACAGUCCAGUUAAGAGGAAAUCUAGAAACACCCGCAAAAACAAGGCUGAUUCUAAAAAAGAUAUGCUCAUUUGGCUCCAGGACACGCUUCUUUCACCCCAACACGCUAAUUCGAGUACAGUGGCACCUCGUCGACGCUUGAGAUCUGCUGAUGCUUCAACAAUCAUCCAACGAGGCACAGGAACCCAAGGAACUCCAGCGACGUCAACGACAAAUCAGAUAGCUUCUCGACGUCGUUCUCCAACAGGACGUUCUACUGCCCUAGUUGCUCUACGUCGACGCUUGACGCCUACGUCAAGAAUGAUCCCAUUCGGUUGUCCUUGUAGAAGAUAUUCAAAAGAUUAUGCCAAGCGAUCUUCAGAAGUAGCAGCAGCUUCGACUACUCUAGCUUCGUCUGGUGGUCGUGGCCGUGGAAGAGUGGCUACAGAAGCAACCACAGGUCGUGCCCAAGGAAUGCCUCGACAGCCCCAAGUAGCCGUGGAAGAGGAAAAUCGUCAGCCACCAAUGCACCAACCAUCACUCGCAAACGUGGCAGCCAAAUCAGUUCCAGCACCGGGGCAUGACAAGAAGCGGAAUACGAUUAUAUAA